CACAUAUAUUCGCUCAACUGCAUCAUGAUGUGUUCAUUGCGAGUGGGAGCCGCGAUCUUGAUUGUACACAAGUUCGAUAUUAACUCUCUCGUGAAAUUUGUGCCAAAAUAUAAGGUCACGGUUGCGCCAUUGGUGCCCCCUAUUGUUCUGGCAAUUGCGGAGUCUCCGGCUGUGGAGAGUUCCGACAUGUCGUCCAUACGGAUGGUGUUGUCGGGAGCCGCACCUCUGGGGAAGGAGCUUGAAGAUGCGGUCAAGGCUAAGCUUCCGCAAGCGAUUCUUGGACAGGGAUAUGGAAUGACGGAGGGGUUGGUGUUCACAAUGUCAUUGGCGUUUGCGAAGGAAAGGUUUGAGGUAAAAUCGGGUGCGUGCGGGACGUUGAUGAGAAAUUCGGAGAUGAAGAUAAUCAACCCUCAAACGGGGGCUUCUCUUCCAAGAAAUCAACCUGGGGAGAUUUGCAUCCGAAGCACUCAGUUUAUGAAAGGGUAUCUCCACGACGAAGAGGCCACGAAGGGCAUAAUCGACAAAAACGGAUGGCUCCACUCCGGCGACAUAGGCUUCGUCGACGACGACGACGAGGUCUUCAUCGUCGAUCGUCUCAAGGAACUGAUCAAAUACAAAGGUUUCCAAGUGGCGCCGGCGGAGCUGGAAGCCCUGCUGAUUUCCCACGGCCACAUCGCCGACGCUGCGGUCGUACCCAUGAAAGAUGAAGUUGCCGGAGAGGUUCCGGCUGCUUUCAUUGUCCGAUCCGACAGUUCCAACAUCGCCGAGGAUGAAAUUAAGCAAUACAUCUCCAAACAGGUUGUGUUUUAUAAGAGGAUCAAUCGUGUUUUCUUCGUGGAUUCCAUCCCUAAAAGUUCAUCUGGCAAAAUCUUGCGGAGACAACUUAGAGCUUUGCUCGCAGCCAGUAUUCCAAAUUAGACCCCAAUCCCUACAAUCCCAAAAAACUCAAUUCUCUCGCUCUCUAUCUCUCAAAUGUCUGUAUGUAAAAUAGAGAGAAGGAGAAUAAGCUUUGUGGAUUAUGUUUAUAUAAAAUUCUGUUCCAAGGCUGCAAGUAAACCGCUCUGUAGUAGUAAAAGUGCGGCUGGUUUUCAAACUUCAUAUAAUCAACGGCAGUUUAUGAAAAAA